CCGACUUUCCCGCCGGUGCGUUGUCGUCUGCUUCCUGCUUUCGCGGAAAAACACAGCGCGAGAACUCGCGAGAUUAGGAGCAGCCGACAUUCAGUCGAGUGAGUUUACGUGGGACAGUACAGCUUGCGACACGGUCUUUGUCAACAAGCGGCAAAUAUCUAAGGAACACUUUUCUCUCCGCAGUGUUUCAGAGGAACCCAUCAUGGAAAUCCAGUGUGUUUACAGCCUUGUUGCAAUCUGCCUGUUAUCAGCAAAUGUAUAUGCAUCUACAACAACCGCUACUCCAUCGUCACAAGGGGUUACAAACACAGCGGCAUCAUCGACGGUGGAGGCGGCGUCUAGUUCAGCAGCUCCAACCAGCAGUUCCAUAGCAGCAGCAACGUCAACGCCACCACCGUCUUCUAGUGCAGAUGCCAGUGCAUCAUCGACGUCUGUGGCAAGUCCUACGACUUCUCCUGCAGCAACAUCCAGCAAUGUCUCGGUCUCAACUGAGACGUCUCCGGUUACCUCCCCUGGUCCAACAGACAGUUCCCCAGUUGCUACGGCCCCUAGUUCAACGUCUAACACGUCGAGUACCCCAGUUGCUACCUCUCCGAGCUCAACGCCCGUCUCCUCUGCAAGCUCCGUGGCGACCUCACCUGAAUCAGUGGACACAUCCACGGUCACACAACCACCAGUAUCAGCAUCAGCUUUACCUACAACAUCUCCAUCAGCUUCGGCAUCAUCAUCAGCCCCAGCAUCAGCAUCUCCAUCAGCAUCAGCAUCUCCAUCAGCUUCAGCAUCUCCAUCAGCUUCAGCAUCAGCAUCUCCAUCAGCUUCAAGUUCAGCAUCUCCAUCAGCUUCAGCAUCUCCUGACACAGGCAAUGCAAGUUCCACACCAAGUCCGACACCAACUGCCGAAUCUAGUAACGACUCAUCAGUUGAAAGUUCACCCACCAGCCCGUCCAGCCCAUCAGCAAGUCCCGAGUCCAACACGUCCGCAACUCCUGUUGAAGGAAGCACUGGAGGAGUUACAAGCGCUGGACCAGAUUCUACUACAUCGGACGCAUCUUCCCCAGCAGCUUCAGCUUCUCCCUCGUCGACAGAUUCUUCCGCGUCUUCCCAGCCAACGCCCUCUGUGGAAUCGACAGCAGCAACGACACCUGCCCCUCCCGUGGAAACAACGCAGCCUCCGUUGAGCACAUCAUUCCCUUCCUUCUCUGCAAAAACAGAUGUGGCCAGGUAUCAGCUGCCCCUUGUGUUCACCGGUGACAACAACGGCCCGACAACGUCCUGCAACGACACAGCAUUACAGUCUGAGCUUGAGGACAAAUUAAAAACAACGGACGGCUACUCUGAAAUACUUCGCACUUCAAACAAGAAGUUCUCGGCGAUCUAUAAGGCAAAACAACUUUAUGGUAAGAUGGCAAAUGCUACAACAAAACAACUUGAGGAUGCCUUGUCUGCAAACCCCAGCUGUUUCAACUACACCGCGUUUAAUGACAGUUUUCAACAAUCUUUUGGAACAUUCGCUGCUUUGACGGAUGACUAUUGCAAGGCCGAUGAAAUCUGCAACACGGGCUAUACGUGCAAGGACCGGAAGGGCUCCCCUCUCUGCAUCAGCAUGUGCGAGGACCAUGCAUGCCAGAACGACGGAGUAUGUGUCGUCGUCGUCAAAGAGGAUGGUCAAGCUGCUGCACAGUGCAGGUGCACAGAUAACAAUGAGCAGGUGUUUUCCGGAACCAAGUGUGAAGUAGCGCGUAUGAACCCCGACCGUGUUGCUGCCAUCGUCGGGGCCGUGUUAGGAGCAUUCUGUUUCAUCCUACUAGUGGCACUAUACUGCAUGUGCUACAGGAAGCGGGAACGGUCAGGGCAGAAAUAUAAUCUUUCUGGUGUAUAUAACGAAACCUAUGAAAGGUCAUCUCUUGACAUGAAGAAUUUGUAGAAUAUAUAAUAUCAAUGUUCCCACGCAGAUUUUACAGACUUGUCCAUGACAACACACCACUAACUACGACGUCAACAGCAAACCACGUCGUCGUCGCAAGAAAAGAAAUACAAUUUUUAUCUGUAAUCUUAAUGAUUGAAAAUUAUGCGUGUUUUAUAACAGAAAUUAAAAUAUAAUGUCAGUCACAUAUCCUGGCUGUAAUACUAUGUAAUAUCAUUUUAGUUACAAUCAUAUUAAACAUACACAAUAUAUAGUCGUUUAAUUCCAUUGUAGUCAGAGAAAGGUAUAACUAACUUUUAAACGUACAAUAGGACAAUCUAACAAGCAAUGAACUAACCAAAUCAAAAUGCCAUUCCAUCUUACGAUAUCAAGUCCAGUCUGUAGUGGAGGCCCGUUCCGCAAAGAGAUCUUAGCUUUAGGAGGAUCUUAGCCAAUACUUUAAACAUACGCUAACGGUAAGAUUCCUUUUGUUGAACGAGGCCCAAAUCUAGAUUGCCUUUACAAUCAGUCCAACAGCGAGGGCUUUCCUUUUACAACGUUCAAAUAGUCAAACAUCUCUGUGUCGAAGUACCAACAUAAAUUCCUCGAGUUAUCCGAGGUUUGACACAACCGCAAAA